GAGCGUACUUGUACAUCAACUUAGAAACGGAUAACGAGAACAAACGCAGGUUGGCGAAGAAGCGGGUGUCGAUGGACGUGGAUGACGCCAUAAACUACAUUAUAUCAUUCCUCUGGUUCAAGUCUGAAGAGAUCACUGACGCCAAGGAAUACAACAUGAUGGUCAGAAACACCCUCGAAAGGUUCACUGGGUUUGUCGUGGAGAAGGCUUCGGAUUCCAACAUCCAAUACGAUGGCGAUUUGAACGCAUGGGAUCAGGAUUGGACUUAUUCCAAGUCUCUCCUCUUUACCGUCACUAGUAUGGCUGCUAUUG